UGAAAAUAUUUAAUAAAUAUAUUAAUAAACAUUAUCCUUGAUAAUAUUUUAAAAUCAGGCAUUCAUUUUGUCCAGGAUAAAUAUCGAGAGCGCGCGACGAUCCUAACGUGCCAUCUAUACCAGAACGUAGAAGUGUCAAACCUAAAGCGCAGUGAAAAUGACUUCUCGACAAAUAGUAAACGUUUUGAAGAAAAACCUAUCAAGUUCUGCAGCUUUACGAAAUGGAACACACAGUUCUUCUAAUCAAUCACCUCAACAAUCAUCUCAAUCAACCCAAUCGGUCCCCCUUCAGAAUGUGACCGGUCUAAGUUCUCAAAUCAUUCUAAAAAGAGAAGGCCCCAUUGGUCCCAACGACUCCAAGAAUGAGUAUAAAGUAAAGGAAUAUUUUUGUUAUGACAGGAGCAGUUAUUUCCAAGCUGAAAUUGAAAUGGCAAAGUAUCGCUUGCCUCAGCCAUCUGCUCUAAAAUCUGAAGGAAAGUAAAGGAAUGUUGCGUGAUAAUUAAAUGAAAAUGUACAGUAGAA